CUGAUUGUAAUAAUGGCAUAAGAAUUUAAGAUAGACAGGGAGAAGAGAAAAACAUAGAACGAAACGCAGCAGAAUCAGUAACAAAAAUUGGAUUGUUGAUUUUCAAGGUAUAACUAUCUUGGAAUAGGAAAAAGAAAAGAAAUGGGAAUGGAGGAAGUGAAGAAGGUGUUGGAAAGAGGAGAAGAAAACGCAGAGGCAGUGGGAAGUCUGCCGGCGAAAUUCUUCGAGAGAUUAGUGAUGAAAGGACUCCGCGUUGACCUUAUCGAAACCGGCCGUAUCGUCUGCUCCUUCACUGUCCCCUCUCGUCUCCUCAACGAAGGUAAUUUCUUGCACGGUGGGGCCACGGCGACGCUGGUGGAUUUGGUGGGGUCGGCUGUUAUCUACACCGUCGGAGCUCCGGUGACAACCGGCGUCUCCGUCGAGAUCAAUGUUUCCUAUUUGGACGCCGCUUAUGCCGGUGAGGAAAUUGAGGUUGAGGCCAAGGCUUUACGUGUCGGGAAGGCAAUCGGUGUUGUGAGUGUCGAGUUGAGGAAGAAAAAAACUGGCAAAAUCGUUGCUCAGGGCCGUCAUACUAAGUACCUUGCUGUUUCCAGUAAAAUGUGAACAUAACAUUCUUCCUUACUCUAAUAAUGAUAAUGCUCUCUACUCGAUCUCUGGAAACCAGCCAGUUAUGUUUGUUUUCCCAUUCUCUUAUUAUUAUAAUUUAUACCCUCUUCCUCAGCCCUCAAGUAUUGUAAUUCAGUAUUUUUAACGUUGGUUAAACUGACUGAUACGAAGAUGCAUUACUUUAUUAUCCAAAGUUUUCUACUAA